AUGACUUCUCCCGGCUUCUCCGAGGAGCUCAUCGCCAUGCUCAGCGUGGAUCCAGAGCCUCGCCAUUGCCUUCUCGCUUCAGCUACGCUGCGACCUGAUACACCCAUGGGGCGUCUUGAGAAACUGCCCAAAGAAAUCACGCUGCAAGUGCUGGAGACCCUUGACAUCCAGUCCCUCUACCGCCUCUCUCAAUCAUGCUUCCGAGCAAGACGUCUGGUCCAAGACUUCCAGCCCUACAGAGAGAUCCUCAAGCAUGCUCCGACUCUGCCAUUCAUCCUCGCAAAGACCAAACUUCUCUCUCGCCAUGCUGCGCUGCACAUUUUCCGCCAAGUUCUGCGUUCCGAUCGGUGCUCCUCGUGCCGGGCCUUUGGUGCUUACGCUUUUCUCCUCACCUGCGAAAGGGUAUGCAUGCACUGCUUGAACUUGGAAAAGCAAUUCAAGUUUGUCGAAAUGUCUCUCGCAAAGUCCAUAUUCGUGUUGAAUGACGAGCAGAUUGCUGCAGCCCCCUCGUGCUACUGUCCGGUCCGGGAUCUGGCCUUUGUGCGUGUCAAGGACGCGGAAGAGAUUGCCACAGCUUUGAACGAGCCCCAGUCGCUCUUUGUCUCACUGGGACUGGACAGGCUGUUCAUCAGUUAUUGCUCAAUAACAAUCAGCUCCUCUGCGGCAUAUAUUCCUUUCCCAACAGAAGCAGGGCCGGACGGUGGCCGCCACUGCCUCGGCUGCCUGACCCAUUUGGGCAUGGUUUUUGUCCAGGCACUCUCUGCACAUCCGCCAAACUCCGCCAGCGACUUGCUAAAUCAAAAGGAACUAAAUGUUGAUGCGAGGCUGUACUCCAGAACUGAAUUUCUGGGUCAUGUCAAUCGCUGUCCUGGAGUUCAGCGGCUGCUCCAGGAACGGCAAUGA